UAUGGCUGCUGAAAGUCCCAUCUGGAGGAAGGUAAACACCUUCAGCGGCCCGGUUCCACGGUCGCGACACGGGCACCGUGCAGCCGCUAUCCGGGAGCUACUCAUAGUCUUCGGGGGAGGGAACGAGGGGAUAGCCGAGGAGCUGCAUGUUUACAACACCGUUUCGAAACAGUGGUUCCUGCCUGCAGUGCGAGGAGACAUCCCACCUGGGUGUGCAGCACAUGGCUUUGCCUGUGAAGGGACCAGGAUCCUGGUAUUUGGUGGGAUGGUGGAAUUUGGGAAAUACAGCAACAGCCUUUAUGAGUUACAGGCAAGCCGAUGGCUUUGGAAGAAGCUGAAACCCAAACCCCCGAGGAACGGCGUGCUCCCCUGUCCUCGACUCGGUCACAGCUUCACACUUUUUGGCAACAAAUGCUAUCUGUUUGGGGGCCUGGCGAACGACAGCGAUGAUCCCAAUAGCAAUGUCCCAAGGUACCUGAAUGACUUUUACGAGCUGGAGCUGCAGGCAGUUUCGGGUGUGAAAGGCUGGAAUAUUCCUGAGACAAAGGGGACGGCUCCCUCCGCGCGGGAGUCGCACACAGCCAUCAUCUAUAGCAGCAAGGGCUCUUACUCCCCCAAGCUCUACAUCUUUGGGGGCAUGCGGGGGUACAGGCUGGGGGACCUCUGGCAGCUUGACCUAGAAACCAUGACGUGGACACUGCCGGAAACCAAAGGCCCAUCUCCUAUACCCAGGAGUCUCCACUCCUCUAAUGUCAUUGGAAAUAAGAUGUACAUAUUUGGUGGCUGGAUUCCAAUAUUGAUGAAUGAAGACAAAUCAAGUGCCUUUGAUAAUGAGUGGUCCUGCACCAAUUCAAUGUCUUGCCUGAACCUAGACACCAUGAUGUGGAAUAGCCUGGUAUGGGAGAGGCAGGAGGAUGGGAAGGCGAGCAGCCCACGGCCCCGCGCUGGACACUGUGCCGCUGUCAUUGGCUCCCGCCUCUAUAUCUGGAGUGGGAGGGAUGGCUACAGGAAAGCCUGGAACUAUCAGGUGUGCUGUAAGGACCUCUGGUACCUGGAGACCGAGAAGCCUUCAACUCCAUCGCCAGUGUUUUUAGUAAAAGCUACCCUCCAGUCCCUUCACGUGGCCUGGCACCCACUCCCAGCAGCAGAGUCCUAUCUACUCCAACUGCAGCCUGAGCCCACAGCACCAGCUUCCCCAACAACCCUUUCCUUUAACCAGCUCUCAUCGACCUAUCCACCUGCCACAGUGCCACUAAAAGAGCUGCAACAAGGAGCAGCAGCCACCUUGCUGGAACUAUCAGGUACCACAGGAGCACAAGCAGCUCAGAGCACAGGCAGCACUGCCAUCUCUCAGCCACAGUCAGGAAAAGAGGCUGCACACACCCACAAGGUAACUUCCCAUGUGCCAUCACAUAUUGAAAGGGAGGACACUUCACUGAAAAAGCUGGGAUGCCAUGAAUCAAGUAUUGAGAAUAGUGUGGAUCAAAAUGCAGCCUGUGCAGCUGAAAGUAACCACUUUCCUGUAACAGGGCCUCAUAGUGCUACAGGCCUUGUUCUUACAGAGCAGGACGCCACAGCAAAUCUUGCCCCACCCAAUCAAAUGACAGUUCCCGAGUCCAUUGUUAAAUCAGAGCCCAUGGAAACCGAACUUAGUAAUGAUGCUGCACCGCUACCUCCAAAGUCUCAAAACCAAGACAAUACUACACCAGCCAAUUUGACAACUACCUCAGUAGCUUCCACUAAGAGCAUCAUUCAAAUGGGAAACACAGAACUGGCAGAUAACCAGUGGUAUGAUGUGGGGAUCUUUAAAACACUUUUCUCUGAAGUGACACACUAUUACCUACCACCAGUGGACCGUAAAGGGAAUCUGGAGCCUACUAAUUCGCCUGAUUAUGAGGACCUGAAGCAGCGAGCUUUGACACCGGGUGCUGCGUACCGCUUCAGGGUGGCUGGGAUAAACAGCUGUGGACAAGGCCAGUUUAGUCAAGUCAGUGAAUACAAGACCUGCCAGCCUGGCUUUCCUGGAGCACCAUCGUCUGUCAAGAUAACAAAGGCAGCAGAUUGUAUUCAUAUCACUUGGGAGCCUCCAACUUCACCCUCUGGUAAAAUCCUGGAGUAUUCCAUGUACCUGGCAGUGCGGAAAAGCCGUUCAAGCACAGUAGUGAGCUCCAGCCAGCUAGCCUUCAUCAGGAUCUACAGGGGCACCAAGAUCCACUGCACAGUGACUUCCUCCCAGCUGAGCAACGCACUCAUCGAUUGCACGUCGAGACCUGCUGUGGUGUUCCGCAUCGCAGCCAAGAACGAGCAGGGCUACGGGCCAGCUACGCAGAUCCGAUGGCUACAAGAUACAUUUAAACCCAGACUACCUCCAGUAGCAGCUCCACAGAGCACAGACAAGCAGCCACUCGAACUGCCAGACAGCACUGGAACAUUGGACACCAAAACUGAGACCUGAAACGACAAACCACUUGUAUUCUUAAAUGAUUUCAGACAUAGUAAAUGCAGUUUUGUUUUGUAUGUAAUUAUAUAUACAAUAUAUAUUUUAAGCAACUUUGGAUCAGUAUUGUAUUUCAUUUUUUUAAUUCAUUUUCUUAUAUGUAAAAAAAUAUACAAGUGUAAACAAUAAUGCUAACAUGCAUUUAUAGCUGGAUCCUUUAGGGAAAAAACUGUCAUUUUUGUAGAAAUGUUGAACUGCUGGUAUGUCUUGGUCAAGGUGGGUAAUCCCAGUAUUACAAAGGAUCCAGGUUGCUGGAGGAUUAUUGUAUGUUUUUUUGUGAAUGUAAAUCGUUCUAAUUCUGCACAUUGUUGGGUGAAGUUAUCCUUCAGUAUCAGUGUA